CGCUAAAACGACUGAAAGAUAUUUCUGUAAAGGUUUUAAUGGGACAAGUUUGAAGAAAAAUGGUGAAGUGUGAGACUCACAAUCAUAGAUUUUCCAAAGACAGAGUAGGUUUUAAAUUCAAAUUAACGGUUUGCGGGGCGUUUUGGUUUCGAUACGCCCGGCCCGGAGAGUUUGUAUCGCGUGCUAAUGGACAAGAUAAUAAUUAUCGAUUUCAGAAAACUCUGAUUCUAGUUUUAAAACUAGUGGACAGUGGACAUAAAUAUAUUUUUAGUAAUUCUUCUAGUUGUUAACACUUUAUAACAUGACAUAUUAUAACUUUUUGUUUGCUAAAUUCUGUUUCUUAACUUUUGGAUCAACUGGUAACGUAUUACAGAAUAUUUUCAUGUAUUUACAGAUAUUUGCGAUCAUCUUUUGGCUGCUUGUCCUUGUCUCCGUGGCAGUCAUCUUCAUCGACACUGUCCAUGAGUUCAGAAUCCCGAAGGAUUCCAAAAUGGACGAGAAUGAGAAGAUUUCCGAUCCGACACUUCACUGGUGGUUCAAUACAACCGGCAAUCCAAAGAGUGACAUGUACCAGACAACCAAGUCUAGUCCAAUUUCGAGAUAUUUGGAUUUUGUUUUGAAUAUAUUUUUCACGAUUGAGUUAAUUUUGAGGUUUAUGACAGUGCCUAAUAAGUUGGUAUUCAUGCGCAAUUUGAUUACUAUCAUUGAUAUCGUAUGUGUCGUCCCCGCCUUGGUUAUGUAUACGAUCAUAUUUGCAGUGCCUGACUACCAGAAAAGCACGGCUCUUGAGUGGAUCGUCCGUGUUGCCUGGAUGUUGAGAUUACUCCGCGUUCUGAGGAUCUUCAAACUGACGAAGCAUUACACGGGAUUGAAAAUAUUCGUAAUGGCGUUGAAAGCCAGUUGGAGGGAGUUGGUACUGCUGCUGGUGUUUAUUCUAAUAGGUGUGAUGAUUUUCUCCAUUUUAAUUUACUUCGCGGAGUUUUCACAACCUGACACCUUUCCUAAUAUGGUCACUGGCCUUUGGUGGGGCAUCAUCACCAUGACAACGGUCGGUUAUGGUGACGUCUACCCGAAAUCAGUAGCCGGGUGUGUUAUUGGGUCUUUGUGCGCUCUUAGUGGACUCAUUGCCACGGGACUCCCAAUCCCAAUUAUAGCAAACAAUUUUAACCAAUAUUACAGCUAUGCAAACCUAAAGCCUAAGAUCUUCAAUAAAAGAGGGGGAUUGACCGAAAUGAAACGAUUCUCUACGAGAAAGGAGAGUCAACGGAGAACUGGAAAGUUUGUUCCUGACGAUGAGACAAUUUUUGAAAAUGAUGCCCCAUUCGAAAACAGUGAUCCUAUAAGUGAAAACCCCGUGGCAAAUAGCCCAAUUGAAACUCCAAUUUAAAACUUAAUGUACUGAAGUUUGAAACUCGAUGUACUUCUUGUGUUAUUGGUUCAGGAAUCUAGGGUGUCUGUUGUCGACAUCAGGACACAACGUGAUCAGAAAAGAGAGAGUGCAAACUGUAGCAAUAGUAUCAACAAUUGCCAACAUGUCUCUUUGAAUUAUUGUCGUUACACCAAGAACUAAGAGUACAAGCGACAGGCAUUUUUAGAACAAAAAUGAAAAAAACUUUUCGUGCGUGCCUUAUGAUUUCAUAUAAGUUGUCACUUUUUGUAACUAUGGUAAUAUAUAUUGCUUGCUACAUGUCUUGUGUUUAAGUGACAUAUCUAGCUGAACUAGUAUAACUCCCUAAACUCCUUAUUAUGGUAACCAAUGAAUAUUACUCAAAUUUUAAGAUGCCUGUGACAUGGUUAUUAUAGAUUUUAAGUCAAUCUGACCUAGAGUUUUCAAGUUAUCACUAAGUAAUAAAUAAGCCUAAUGAGCUAUUGCCAUGGUUACAUAUAUCGUUCAAAAUAUAAACAAUAUUCCUGUAAAAUCAACACAAAGUCACUGUUUUAACUUAAACUAAUAAACUUAUUUUAUUACUAUUUCAGACUGUAAAAGUAGUUGUUUGAUCGCACACUUAUUGUAUUGCAUAACAGUUGUUGAAAAUUUUUUUUUUGAAUAAUGUGAACUACAACUGUAGAAGACUGUAGACUGAUUAAUUUUAUUUUAAUGUUGCCCCUUAUUCUCUCAUUGUGAUGUAAAUUAAUAGACUCGAUAUUCUUUUCUCACUCAUUUUUGACACAUCUCAAUGAAGUCUAAAAAAUUCAAUAUCUCUUUGCAUUUUUACUUGUUAUAUUUUAUGUGUUUUCGACUAUUGCCCAUUAUGCUUUGUCACUAUUAUGUAAGAUAAUACGAAGAAGAUCAAUGUACAAAAAAGUCUUAAACCAGUAAAUAAUGAUUAUUUUGAUAAUAAAUAGAAACGGUGACAAUAAUGAUAUGAAAAGAGUGUUUCUUUAAAAGGUAAUUUUAUACAUGUUAAUAGAAUGACCUGUAUUUUGAAAUAUAAAGAUCAGAAUGACCUAAUUUUGGGAUCUGGUUAUCAAACAAAGUCCCUUCUUUAAUAUCCUUUACAAUUUCGUCUAAAAUAUCUUGGGGGCUAAUAUAGGGUCACCUGUCCUUUGCUGGCAUAAUUAGACUCCAGGCACCAGUCCAAUAGCUGCACAGAUGCCAGAACAAGUCCCCCAGAUUGUUGUAGCAGCACCAGAUACGCUGCCAAUGGCACCUGCCGACUGAAGGGCGGCAAACCAGCCACCUGCAGGAACAGCCCCGGCAUAUCCAGCCAUCCAACCUGCAGCCCAACUACCUA